AUGCCGGAUUUUACAGACAAACUUCGUCCGAGCCAGCCAGAUGGACCUUCUACACUCGCAAAAGAGCGAGAACAAUCAAAUAUCUCAACGGAAGAGCUCGGAAAACACCUUCUAUCCUCAGAUGGCUUCCUAGAGCGACAAGCUCAAAUCCUGCCAAUCCUCCAGAAAGAGCCACUUCUCUCCAAAUCAAAACAACAAAACCUUUCUCGACCGGAACGGUUUAAACUAGGACUUGCACGCGCAAAGCUCCUUCGACGCCUAAGCGACAAGCACAAAUGGAGCCAUGACGACUACAAAAUGGCAGAAUACCUAGUAGACGACGUCUCCCCCUACUUCCUCCACAUGGAGAUGUUCAUCACCACAAUCCGAGAACAGGCCAGCGAAGAACAACGAGUCUACUGGCUCCCUCUAAUCGAGUCCUGGAAGAUCAUAGGUGCAUAUGCACAGACUGAACUUGGACAUGGCAGCAAUGUCCGUGGUAUAGAGCUUGAAGCAAAGUGGGACCCUCACACUAAAGAAUUCGUGCUACACAGCCCGUCUCUGACAGCUAGUAAAUGGUGGAAUGGCAGUCUAGGCCGGAUUGCCAACCAUGCCAUUGUCGUGGCUCAAUUAGUAUUGCCAGAGCCCGGCUCGAAUCGAUUUGUCUCGCAUGGCCCGCAUCCGUUCAUUGUGCAGGUCAGGGAUAUGAAGACGCAUUUGCCAUUGGAGGGUAUUGUUGUCGGUGAUAUAGGGCCGAAGUAUGGAUAUAUCACCAUGGACAAUGCAUAUAUGCUAUUUGAUCGAUUCCGAAUCCCUCAUUCAGCCCUUCUUUCGCGCUAUUCAAGCGUGAAUCCAGAUACAGGGCUAUACACAAAACCCGCCCAGCCAGCUCUAGUCUACGGCUCGCUCACCUACGUCCGGGCGAAUAUCGUGCAACACGCACGCCUCGUGCUUGCAAGAGCAGUCACAGUCGCAAUCAGAUACACAACCGUGCGCCGACAGUUCCAAGAUCGAGACGGGGACAAGCGCGGACCAGAGUUGUCAGUGUUGGAUUAUCCAACCGUUCAAAUCCGCAUCCUGCCCCUCCUGGCGACGACGUUCGCGUUGCAUUACACUGGUCUUGCUAUGCGGACUAUAUACCAGAGUGCACGAGAUGAUAUUGAAAAGGGGGAUUUCGACUCGUUGGCCUAUAUGCAUAGUAUGUCUUCUGGAUUGAAGAGUCUCUGUACCAUGCUUGCGGCGGAUGGGAUUGAGACUUGUCGACGGGCGAUGGGGGGUCAUGGAUUUGGGGGUGGAAGUGGGUUGAUUCAGCUCAAUAAUGAUUACUUGUCCAAGCCGACUGUUGAGGGGGAUAAUUGGAUGAUCACGCAGCAGGUUGCGGGUUAUUUGAUUAAGAAGAUGGGUGCUGCUGUUGAGGGCGAGGGGAGGGGGGAACAGGGUGAUGAGAUGGAUGCUCGGUUUAGGGUAUUUGUUCGGGAGAAGCGUGCUGGACGGUUAUCGACAAGGUUUGAUGUCUUGAACAGUGAUCGGGAUAUCGUGAAGAGUUUUGACACGAGAGCUACUGCGUUGACAUACGACGCAUAUGAAGAGCGGGUUAUCAAAAAGAAGAACUGGAACAGUCUUCUCAUUCAGCUUCACAAACUAAGCCGGGCACAAUCACAAUCGAUCAUGGUAACGACAUUCUUCGAAGCUCUUUCAACGAACAAGACCCUCUCAGCCCCGAUAAAACCCGUGUUGUGGGAUCUAUAUCGCCUUUUCGCAUUGAAUACAAUGGAGAACGAGGGCUACGAAUUCUUUCGAUGCAAUGCCGUCGCACAGUCAGCUCUGAAUGCUCUGCCUGCUCGGGUUCAAGAUCUGAUGAGUCGGAUCAGACCACAUGCAGUGAAACUGGUUGAUUCCUGGAUGCUUCCUGAUUAUUUACUGGACAGUGCACUGGGUCGGUAUGAUGGCCGUGUCUACGAGGACUUGUUUAACCGGGCGCAUCGGUUAAAUCCUCUUAACCGAAUAACAUUUAAUCCUAAUUAUUGGGAAGAUGAGAUUGUGAAAGGCAGUGGCGUUGAUGGGUCGGAUAUUUUGUCGAAGCUUUGA